AUGCUUUCUGUAUCACUUUUCAAACGUCUCAGUAAUCUUACGAACAAUACAAUUUUGCAAUAUCGGUUCACAUGGGUUCUACGGAGAGUUCUUACUCCAGAACCAACACAGCCGGGAUAUAUGCAACGAAAUCCGGCCGAACAUCCAGAUCUUAUGAAGCUGGAAGUUGUAGAAAUUGAGGAUUUGAAAUCACCUGGACCUCUCAAAGUUAUUUUACUCAAAGAUGUAGAAGGUAUUGGUAAUCAGUUUGAUGUUGUUGAAGUGAAUCGUCGACUUGCACGAACAAAUUUGCUGUUAACACAGAAGGCAGCAUAUGCUUCACCAUUCAAUUUGCAGUAUUAUGCAGAGAUGAAGGAGAAAAUGAAAGAUGAGUUGGAAAAACGGAUUCGCAUUCCAUACGAUUACAUAUUACUUGGAAGAGAACUAAUCAAAAAAGUCAUAUCUUUACGAGUUUCUAUGGAAAAUCCGUGGUUAUUAGAUAAAUUGGUCGUUAAGGCUUCGUUGCGACAAGAGGGAGUUGAGAUUAUAGAUGACAUGAUUUUCCUCGAGAAUAAAAAUUUGAGAGGACCGAACAUCGAAUUGGAAGCUCAUUUGCUACGAUUUUAUGUGGUUGUUUGUAAUCAAUAUAUUAUUCCGAUGAUUGGUCGCAUUUGCCAUACUUCAUCAGACGAAAGUAAACAGGUACUUUAUCCUGAAACAACUCGAAUGCCAACUAAGGAGGAUUUCAAAAAAUAUGGCAUAGUCGAAGAGCAGCCAUAUUUUACGGAAAAAGCAGAAAUCCUAGAAGACUUCGAUGUUGUUGGUCUUAUGAUGCAAAGGAGACAAGAUAACAAAUAA